CUCGAGAGUUGAAGAACAUAUAUUGUCCCUCCUAAAUCUUCUCCUCCUCUGUAUAUAAAUACGAGGAAAUCUUCUUCGGCUCAUUAAGAAACAGCGGUUGUCUGAAUCAGCGACAAGUCUAGGCUUUUUACAGAAGAGAGCGUUCGUUGGGUUGGUGGAUUGAUUUGCGCCGGUAAUUUGAGUUAUUCGGAGCCUGUGGAUCGUUCUAGUGGAAUUUAUCCUCUUUGUGUUCUCGACUCGAUUUUCUGAACUUGCAUCAGUUCCUUAUAUAGGAAUCUUCUAAUUUAAAGAGGAGAUUCUUCUCUGAAGCUGGUUGAAGAUGAUGCCCGUAUACAGGGACAUGAACAUGUAUCCACACCAGAUGAGCCCUCAUGGUUAUUACCGUCUGGGAUACCCAUACCGUCCUCAUCAAAUGGGAUUGGAUUCGUCAAUGCCCGUUUCGUGCGAGUAUUGGCCUAACAGAGGUGGCCAUGGACUUCCUAUGCCGUGCUAUGGAUACUGCGUCCCUGGCAACUUCCAUGGCUGUAAUGGCUUUAGGCCGUUUUAUCCUCCUCAAGUGCCACACCAUCCUUGCUGCGGAAGUUAUUCUGAUUUCCACCCUGUUCACCAUUCCCCUGCAUAUUACAUUCCUCCACAUGUCCCCUUUGAUCACCAGCCUAGAUUCGAAUAUGACAAGGAUCUGGCCAGGGAUCGUAACUGUUCUGAAUGUCCCAACCAUGUUUGUGACCGGAGGAAUGGCAAUGCCAUAAGAAUUGAGGAGCAUGAGCCUGAAACUGAAAAGGAAAACAGAGGCAAGAGUGUUGUUCCUGUUCAGUCUACAGGCUUUCCUUUUCCAAUCGUAUGGGUUCCCCAUGAGAGUGUUAAGAAACAAGAUCAUGAAAGACCUGUCGGAUCAGAGGGGGAAAUUACUGCUGAGGCAAAGGCUUAUGAGGAUACAAAGGUACUGGAGAAGGAUGGCAGGUUUCCUCCACUCGUCCAGGAUGCUCUGAGAGAAACCAUCAGAGCAUCGGGUACAGAAUUCGGAGAGCCAGAACUGAGCUCAAAGAAAGAAGAUCAAAAGGUCCGACAGAGAAUUAUUCCUGUGAAACAAAUAGAGGAUCAGGGACAAAAUUCAACUGAGCGAGUGGGCACCAUGAAGAAGUAGUCCUCAUCUCCUCCAAAAUCAUCCAAGUUGCCUCCAGUAUGCCUACGGGUUGAUCCCUUGCCCAAGAAGAAAAAUGGUAAUGGAAAUUGCAGGUUUCCCAGCCCUCCUACGUGUAAAGGUGAGUCCUCGAGGACAGUGGAAGAAUGUGCCAAACUUCCUGCUUCCCCAAGUUCCAAGAAAGAAGAACCAGACAAAUCAGGGACAAAAACUAAGUCUGAGACCCACCUGAAUGCAACAGGAAGGGAAAAGGAAAGAACUGAAAGUGAGGAUAAUCCAGAAAAGGAGGUGAAGAAGGUCCAAAGUACAGAAGAUAAGGAGCAUACUAGAGGUGAUGAAGCUGUGAACAGACAGAAGCCGGUAAAGAAGACAUUUUCCAGUGAUGAAGCGGCCACAGUUAUCCAGUCUAGAUACCGUGGAUACGAGGUGAGGAGAUGGGAGCCAUUAAAGAAAUUGAAGCUAAUGGUGAAAAUCCGUGAGAGAAUGCUCGAUGUCAAAAACCGUAUCCAGGUGAUUGAGGGUUCCACUGAUCACCAGAACUGUGAGAAGGAGAUAGCAGUUGUAGGAGAAAUGGUGAUGAGCUUUCUGUUACAAUUGGAUGCUAUUCAGGGUUUACAUCCAAGUAUCAGAGAUGUCAGAAAAUCCUUGGCCAAAGAGCUGUUGAGCUUACAGGAGAAACUUGACUCUCUGAAAAAGAGCAGAGCCAUGAUGGAGGAAGUGUCCAUUGCAAAACAGGUGGAGGCUACUGGUGAAGCUGUGGAAGACAAAACUUACUCCGAGGCAAGUGAGAUUCAGCCUGCAGAGAAACACAGAAAGGUGUCUGAUCCAAUUACAGAGGAAUCUGCUGAUCCUCUCGGACCUCUCCCAUCUUCUUCCGAGCCUCUUCUGACCGUUGAGAACGAGACCAGCCAACAGGUAUCGUCUUCAAAAGAAGAAGAGCCUAAGUUGGUUGAGAUCUCUGUGCAGAAUCAAGAAGAAGAUACUGCACAAGCUACUGAAACACAAGAUGAACCGAGCAUAUGUGACUCAGAAGCUACUGCCGAGGCAGUCAUUUCAGAGGUAUUGGAAAAGGAUGAAGCAUUUCAAAAGACUACUCCAUCGGUAAAUCCACCCUCAGCCGAAGAAAAGGAAACCACGAUGACUGGCAAUGAGAAAGUAGAGUUCGUGGAGGCAAGUUUGGAACUAAUGAAAGAAUUGCCACAGCAUGUGGAAGGGAAUGAGAAUCCAACCCACGAGAUAGAUGAGAACGAAAAUGCUGAAGCUGUAGCCGUUGUGUUGCAGAAUACAGACAGCUCAUUGCCCUCGAAGAACAAUGCGGAACUCCUGGAGCUUCCUAUUGGAGUGAUCGAAGAACAGCAAGAUACUUCACAUGCCGAGGUGCAAAAAUCAUCACCUUGUACUCUUGAAGCUUCUGCUGACACUCCCUCUGAACCAGUGAUGGUACAAAGCGACACUGAACCAGACACAGAGGUUGAUCAGCAGAAACAAGAAGAAACUAAUAACAACAAUGAAGAUACAACAGUCACGGAAGGAGACAACUCUGUCGAGGUGGGGCAUCUUCGAGAAACUCCGGAGAAUAUUGACGGUGGAGAUGGUGAUACUCUCAAACCGGAAACACUGUGUCAGGAAACCGACAUGAGCCAAGGCACUGACCAAUCAAAUGAUCUCCUGGAAGCAAUCGAACUGAACCACCAAUCUGGUGGUAUUGCAGAAGAAAAUACGAUAAUGGAUGCUGAAACAGACACGGCACAAGUAGAAGAAGGGGAGGCAUUACCUACAGAAGCAUGGGUCGUGGCAGAAGAGACAUCAGGGGGAGACAAGAAACUAAUGGAAGAGAACCAGAGAUUGAUGGAAGCAAUGGAGAAACUCAUGGAAGCGGGGAGAGAACAGUUGGAGGUAAUAACGAGCUUGAACAAUAGAGUGAAAACCCUCGAGAAGAAGCUGUCGAGGAAGAAGAAACGUCAGCCGGGUGGUCGUAGCAGUAGGCAAUACUGUGGUAAACUCGUAAAAAACGCAACAAGAGCAAAGGCCCCAACUCUGCAGCUGUAAUGUAAGAAGAGGCAUAACGAUCUUUUUUCUUUUUUUCUUUUUUGGGUAAAGAGAGGUAUAAGGAUCUUAUCCAGUCCUGUGUCGCGUGUAUGAUUGUGUGUUCACUACCCCGUGCGGGAUUGCAAGAAUCUGUUCUGAUGUGUGUCCGUGUGAGAUGAUGCCCACUUUCAGUUCUGUAAUUCAACGGUUCUUAAAACUCCUUUCUCGUCUGACCGUUCGUUUGUUUAA